AUGUCGGCCGAGGAGGAGAAGAACGACGCCGCGCCGGACGGGGAGAAGACGAAGAUCUCGCUCAAGACCUCCGAGGGCGAGGUCUUCGAGAUCGAUGAGAACGUCGCGAUGGAGUUUCACACCGUCAAGGCGUUCUUCCAAGACGAAGGCGUUUCGCGCGAAGUGGUGAUGCCGAUCCCCAACGUCAACAGCGCCGAGCUCGUCAAGAUCAUCAAUUUCUGCACCAAAACGCUAGAGCUCAAGCGCAAGGCCGAUCACGAGGAUAAUGCGAAGAAGGAGCUUCGGCUGUUCUACCAGGACUUCGUCAAGGAUGAGACGACCGAGCACAUCAUGGAGCUGAUCCUGGCCGCCGAUUACUUGCACGUCGAUGAUUUGCUCGAAGUUCUGAACCAGUGCGUGGCGGAUCGGAUCAAGAACAAGAGCGUUGAGUACGUGAGGAAGCUGUUCGGAGUCGAGAACGAUUUCACGCCUGAAGAAGAGCAGAAGCUCCGCGAAGAGUAUGCUUGGGCUUUUGAAGGAGUUGAUGAGGACUGA